AUCACGGAUGUCAGGUAACGCAGAGGUUGACACUCUCCUCGCUCUCAUCACUCAGUCCGCGACUGCGGUGGUGAUGGAGUAUCAGAAGUACGGUCAAGAUGUUCCAUCGCUCAGCUCAGCAGCGGAGCACCCGAUAGACAGCGCCUCUGAUGUGCUUCAACUGCGGAAGGCACUGCGGCUGCUUGAAGGGGCGUGUAAUCACCUUUGCGAUAUGCUCGAGGCACCGGUGACCUCCGUGGUCAAGCGGACGAUUCGAUUUGAACCCGUGUUGAUGGGGGUGGCGGUGGAGGCGAAAGUAGCCGAUACGCUAGAACAGCACCCGGACGGCCUUCACAUCUCGAAGAUAGCUGAAGUUACAAACGUGCCUGCUCACAAGCUAAGCAAGGUUCUACGCGUACUUGCGACACGUAACUGUUUUCUAGAAGUUGAUACGGACACCUAUGCCAACAAUCGUAUCUCGUACGCUCUUCGCAGUAGCUCCACCACUAAAGCGCACGAUUAUACCCUGGUAAACCAAUCAGGACAUCUGGCUACGACACAGUACUGGGAAUACCUCCAAAACCCCGAUUUUGGGCCUUAUGACACCGUCAACAAGUCGGCUUGGACAUAUGCGCGCCGCGUGAUAGGGGGUGGUACGUACCCUGAACAGGAUAACUUCUUUGGAUGGUACGCGCAGCAGGUACGUCCCGUAACUCCUGCGGUGUCUCCUCAACUGCAUGAUCCUUGA